CGUCAUCAGAUCCCAUACAAAGACCCAGACUCCGCGCUUUUCUCCCGCUUUCUCCACGCUUUCCUCCUCUCCGCAUUAUACCCCUUGACCAUCACCCAGUCGUCAUGCCUGAGAGAGUCAUUGUUGUUGGUGCUGGCUUGUCCGGCCUGAGCGCUGCUCACACCAUCUACCUGUCUGGUGGCAAUGUUGUGCUUCUGGACAAGAACAACUUUAUGGGAGGCAACUCCACAAAGGCUACCUCGGGUAUAAACGGUGCCCUCACCCGGACACAGGUCGAUCACAAGAUUCCGGACAGCGUCAAGCAGUUCUAUGAUGAUACUCUCAAGUCCGCACGAGACAAGGCGCGGCCAGAUCUCAUCAAGGUCCUGACCUACAAGUCCGCCGCUGCCGUCGAGUGGCUGAUGGACGUCUUCAACCUCGACCUGACUCUGGUUUCGCGACUCGGUGGCCAUUCGCAGCCGAGAACCCACCGUGGUCACGAUGCCAAGUUCCCCGGCAUGGCCAUCACAUACGCCCUCAUGCAGCGAUUUGAGGAGCUUGCCGAGGCCGAGCCGGAGCGUGUUCAGCUCAUCAAGAAGGCAAACGUGAAGAAGGUCAACAUGACUGGAAACACCGCUACAGGUGUCACAUACCUCUUCAACGGCGAGGAGACGACAAUCGAAGGACCCGUUGUGCUUGCCACCGGCGGUUACGCCGCUGAUUUCACAGAAACCUCUCUACUAAAGAAGUGGAGACCAGACACCUACGAUCUUUCCACCACCAACGGCGCACACGCUACUGGUGAUGGACACAAGAUGUUGAUGUCGAUCGGUGCGCAAGGCAUUGACAUGGACAAGGUUCAGGUUCACCCGACUGGUUUGGUUGACCCCAAGGACCCCAAGGCUAAGACCAAGUUCUUGGCCGCAGAAGCUCUCCGCGGCGAGGGUGGAAUUCUGCUCAACAGCAAGGGCAAGCGAUUCUGCGACGACCUUGGUCACCGCGAUUACGUAUCCGGCAUGAUGUGGGAAGAGAAGAAGAAAGACCUUUGGCCCAUCCGAUUGGUGCUCAACUCCAAGGCAUCUAACGUUCUCGACUUCCACACCAGGCAUUACUCCGGCCGUGGUCUGAUGAAGAAGAUGAGCGGAAAAGAGUUGGCCAAGGAGAUUGGUGUCAGUGACAAGGAGCUCCAGGAGGAGUUCCAAAGCUACAACGCCAUUGCCAAGGGCGAGAAGAAGGAUCAGUGGGGCAAGAAAUACUUCCACAACGUGCCCUUCGACAUCAACGACACUUUCCACGUUGCUCUCAUGGAGCCCGUGCUUCACUUUACCAUGGGUGGUAUAGAGAUCAACGACAAGGCAGAGUGCUUGGACGCCAAUGGCAAGCCUUUCGAUGGUCUGUUCGUCUGUGGUGAAUUGGCUGGUGGUGUCCACGGUGCCAACCGUCUCGGUGGUUCAUCUCUACUUGGCUGCGUUGUCUAUGGUCGCGUAGCAGGAGAGUCGGCGUCGAAAUACCUUUUCCAACAGGCACUCAGCAAUGCUGGUGGUUCGGCCGUAUCGCGACUUGGACAAAUCUCACUACACAUCGACCCUUCGCAGCCCGGCAAGGUCACUGUUGAUUGGGGCAACGGCGCGGCUUCCGGUGCUUCCACUUCAUUGGACAGCUCCAAGAUUGCGCAGCAGAAGCAGCUAUCAGCAGGUCCUGUUAUGAAGUCUGAUGGCGACUCCAAGGAUCCUGGCAAGGUAUCAAAGCCCAACGAGGUCAAGAAGUUCGAGGUUCCUGAAAAGGAGUACACACUCGAGGAGGUCGCAAAGCACAACAAGAAGGACGAUCUGUGGAUCGCCGUCAAGGGUGUCGUCAUGGAUCUGACCAACUGGACAGACGAGCACCCUGGAGGGCCUCAGGCGCUCUUCAGCCACAUGGGAAAGGACGCGUCAGAGGAGUUUGAGAUGUUGCACGACGACGAGGUUAUUCCCAAGUACGCGCCGGAGGUCGUUAUCGGCAGAGUGAAGGGGCAGAAGAUCUCUCUGGAGUACUAAAUGGGGGUAAAAAGGCGUUAGAUUUUCCGAUUAGCAUGUACUUGUAGCUUGUGUAAUGCGGCAUCUGAAUGACCAUACCACUAC